AUGCCUGUGGCGCUGGGCUCGCUCGGCGGCGAGGGCGAGUACCGGGAGUACCAUCAUCUCUCGCCGCAUCAUCCGUCGCACCCGCCGCACCUGCAAUACCAUGAGUAUGCGCCGCCGCCGCCGCCGCCCAUGUACCAUCCCAUACCGGACCCAUACUUUAGGCGGCACGCGCCGUACUUCGGCCAGCCAGACUACAGAGUUUAUGAACUAAAUAAACGGUUACAACAGAGGACAGAGGACUCUGACAACCUAUGGUGGGAUGCGUUCGCGACAGAAUUCUUUGAAGAUGAUGCGACGCUCACACUUACAUUUUGUUUAGAAGAUGGACCUAAAAGAUAUACAAUAGGAAGGACGCUGAUACCUCGUUACUUUCGCAGUAUAUAUGAGGGUGGUGUGUCAGAACUGUAUUACACUAUGCGACAGCCCAAGGAAUCAUUCCACAACACAAGCAUCACCCUCGACUGCGACCAUUGUACCAUGGUGACGCACCAUGGGAAACCUAUGUUUACUAAGGUGUGCACGGAAGGGCGGCUGAUCCUGGAGUUCACGUUCGACGACCUGAUGCGCAUCAAGUCGUGGCACCUCGCCGUGCGCGCGCACCGCGAGCUCAUCCCGCGCCAGGCCGUGCACCCGCCCGACCACGCCGCGCUCGACCAGCUCGCCAAGAACAUCACGCGCCAGGGCAUCACCAACUCCACGCUCAACUAUCUCAGGUUAUGCGUGAUCCUGGAGCCGAUGCAGGAGCUGAUGUCGCGUCACAAGGCGUACGCGCUCUCCCCCCGCGACUGCCUCAAGACCACGCUGUUCCAGAAGUGGCAGAGGAUGGUGGCGCCACCAGAGACGAACCGGCCGGCGAGCAAGCGGCGCAAGCGCAAGGGCAGCGGCGGGCCCAACGCCGCGCCGCCCGCGCCCGCCAAGAAGCGCUCGCCCGGACCCAACUUCAGCCUCGCCUCGCAGGACGUCAUGGUGGUUGGCGAGCCGUCCCUGAUGGGCGGGGAAUUCGGCGACGAGGACGAGAGGCUGAUCACGCGGCUCGAGAACACUCAGUACGAGGGCGAGGCGGGCGACUGGCCCGCGCCGCCCCCUCCCGACCAGGCCAAGACUCCGCCCCAACCGCACUGA